CCUGACUUAUGUGGAAAAUCGCCAUUAAUGAAACCUUCAAAAUAUGUGAGGAUGGCGGUGAGUGGUGAUGCAUUUGCAGAUAGCUUGGGAAGAUGGAGGACGGCAUCCUUCCCAUUCCUCGGUCUUCUUUCUCAGAGUCAACUUGCGCCUGUGUGAUCAUCGUUGCUGCUUCUGAUCGUACCUAAGAGGAAGUCCCUGUUUGAAUCGCGAGUUCACCUCAUUUCCUGUUUUUAUCAGCCUUUUAGUUUGUGCAUCGUUGGGAAAGCUAAUCGACAUUUAGUCAGUUAGUCUGGAGCUUUUUUGAGAACGAUCGUUAAUGUUGUAAGAGGGAUUGGUGAAAGCUGUUGAAAAAGACUGCUGAAUCUGGUUUGGUACAAAAAUUGAUUCAAGGAGUUGAGGAGAUUCGAAAUAUGAAGUCAUUGGAGAUUUUCUGUACAGUUUUGAAGAUGAAGAUUGGAGGAAAGAGAGGAACUCUUUAUUUUUUGGGGUCUGUUGUUCUAAUCUGCACCACAAUAGCAAUUGUUGUUGAAAACAGAUGGGAGGAGCAGGAUUCGUUGCUGGCUUAUCUACUGGAAUCAGGAAAGAUAAAUCACGAGAUGGCAGAGAUGUUAAGGAGCAACUGUAUGCUUGAGUUUUUGCAUACCAAGAAAAGUUUACAGAACCAAGAUCAAGACUUCAUUGAGCAGAAGUUAACUUAUAAUAGUGGAUUUAAAAGGUUUCCGGGGACAAAAAUGCAUCAUUUUGUUGAUGCCUUGCUCCCUCAAGUUAAUCAGAUGCUAGUAGAUUGUGCAAUAAAAAGCCAUGCUCAUGAGAAUGAGAAAGAUUCGAAUUCUGGAUACACCAUGUUUGGGGUGUUCUUGUUUAACUGGAACAAGUUUUUUACAAGACGUGCAUUAGCUCAGACAUCUGGAGAUGCACCUGCUCCAUCCCCAAUGGUUUCAUCACAUAGUCGAUCCCCUGCUCCAUCCCCGGCAAUCUUCUUGUCACAUGAUCCCUCACCUGCUCCAUCUCCAAUGGUUUCUUCUUCACCUAGCUCAGUGGAUUUGGUUUCUCCGCAGCCUUCACAUAUACCAGCUAGGUCCCCAUUACCUCAUCCGCCCCCUUCAGAUUUUUACCACCCGACUUUGCAGCCAUCAGGUGUUGGACAUGGUUCUGAUGUAGAGCCAAGCAACAAUAUUAUCAACAAAACUGUUGUUAUUGCUGUUGCCGCAACUGCUUCUGUUACAUUUUUAUUUUCUGCACUGCUCUUUCUUUUCUGGUUUUUUUGCUUCGGGGCAGGUUCUAAACAGGAUAAAGUGGCCGAAAAGCCUCUUAUUUGGUCGAGCUCAAACGAGUACUCUAGUGCCUCUCCACAGAAGACGUUCGGUUUUGGGAGUGUUGUUAAUGAACAAGUGCUUGGGAAUCAAUCUUUUUACCACAAGAACCAGCAUGACAAAGUCAGUGGAAACUUCUACAUGGAGUCACAGUCUAUUGGGAAUUCAAUUCCUGUUGUUGGAAUUGUUGUUAGUGCCGCAGCAACCAAUUCAGUCGAAAAUCCAUUGCAGAUGAAGUCUGAAACAUCAGGUCUUUCUGGAUUGUCAUCAGUGGAGCCAUCUCUUGAAAAUUCAGAUCCUCCUACACCACUUCCAUGCAAUGCAACCCCUGCCCCAUCCCCACCCCCACCCCCACCUCCACCUCCAUCUACGCAGCCAUCAUCUACUGGCUCACAUCCUCUACCUCCUACCCCACCUGGCAAGAAUGGUCCUCAGCCACCACCACCUCCUCCUAGUGUCAGAACGCCUCCACCUCGGCCACCACCAAUUGGCUUGAAACCCCCAUCACUGCAACCAUUUAACUCCACUUCAGUUAAAGAAAGUGAAGCCAGGGCUGCUAAAGCUAAACUGAAACCUUUCUUUUGGGACAAGAUGUUAGCCAAUCCAAAUCAUUCAAUGGUUUGGGAUCAUAUUAGAAGCGGAUCAUUCCACUUCAAUGAAGAGACGAUCGAAAAUCUAUUUGGUUGUGAGCCAUCCGGGAAAAACAAAGUAGAUGUACAGAAGCAGUCGUCUUCUUCAUGUCAAAUGCUUGCACCCCAACACAUUCAGUUGAUUGAUUCCAAAAAAUCACAGAACUUGCUAAUUAUGCUGAGAGCUUUAAAUGUAGCCGCAGAGGAUAUUUUUGCUGCAAUAGAGGAAGGCAAUGAACUUCCACCGGAGCUUAUCGAAACUUUACUAAAAUUGGCACCUACAACUGAAGAAGAAACAAAGCUGCGGGACUAUGGCGGAGAGCUCUCUCAACUGGGACCUGCAGAACAGUUUCUGAAAGUCUUGAUUGAUAUUCCAUUUGCAUUCAAGAGACUUGAAUCGUCUCUUUUCAUGUGCACUCUUCAGGAGGACAUAUCAAUGCUGAGGGAAUCAUUUGCAAUCUUGGAGGCUGCAUGCACAGAGCUACGACAGAGCAGGUUGUUUCUCAAGCUUCUAGAAGCUGUUCUUAAAACUGGAAAUCGCAUGAACGACGGGACAUUCCGCGGCGGCGCACAAGCAUUUAAGCUCGACACACUUCUAAAGCUAUCUGACGUAAAAGGCGCAGACGGAAAGACUACACUGCUGCACUUUGUUGUUCAAGAAAUCAUUCUUUCGGAAGGCAGAAGAGCUGCUCGUCUCGCACCCGAAAUGUCUGAUGAUGAUUCAUCGGAAGAAAAUUUAAGGAACAUUGGUCUCCAGGUGGUCUCAGGCCUGCCAAAUGAGCUCGAGAAUGUCAAAAGAGCUGCACUCGUGGAAGUUGAUAGCUUAACGGCGACGGUCGUGAAGCUUCGCAACGAACAUGCGAAAGCUCGGGAUUUCCUCAAUAGUUCAGCCAUGAGCAAUGCAGCUGAAGAAAAUGGUUUCUAUCGGAUGCUAAGUAGCUUUGUGCAAAAUGUCGAGACUGAUAUGGCAACGUUGGUCGACGACGAAAAGCGGAUAAUUGUGCUAGUUAAGAGCACUGGCGAUUACUUCCAUGGAAACACCGGUAAGGAUGAAGGCUUCAGGUUGUUUAAGAUUGUCCGAGAUUUUCUUGCUAUGUUGGAUAGAGUGUGUAAAGAAGUUAAAACAGGCUCUCCAAGGCCAAGGUUGCCCCGUAACUUAGGCGUGCUUGAAUAACUUCUGAGUUGUAAUAUACACACCAGUUGGAACUUCAAUUGAUCCUCGAUUAUGUUAUGAAUAUAUAUGUUGGUAAAAUGUAAAGAUCUUACAAGUUACAACGAGCAUUGUUUUUGGUUUCACUUUGCCAAUAAUGAAUAUA